AUGACGGGACAGGGGCUUGGGAAAUGCAUUGCCCUUUGCCUGCUGCCCUGGAGCUGCCUGAGCUUUGCCUGGAGUGACAGCGCUGGGCCCAAGACCGCCUUGCUUAGGGCAGGACACGCCAGAAAGCAGCUGCCCAGAGACGCUGCCAACGGGACCUACAUGCACAGCAACACCUCAGCACCGUGCGCGGCUCUCUCCCCACCACGCUACGGCUACUACUAUGUGGACAGAGGCUCGGGCGUUUCCUUGGGCUCAGUCCUUGUGUAUUGGUGCCAGGAGGGAUACCAGCUGGUGGGCAGCGAGAGGCUCUCCUGCCUCCGCCGGGAGAGCACUUCAUCCUGGAGCCAUCCCCCGCCCCUCUGCCAGGCCGCCUCGCAGCCCUCGGCCGCCGGCUCCCGAGCUGCCGUGGCCGCUUCGCUGCUGAGCGGAGCUGUGAUCCUGGUGCUCUCCGUUGCCUUCGCCGUCUGCUGCUGGCGGGACAGGGCGAGGAGGCGGUGCGGGGGGCAGCAGCACGGGAGGAAAGGCAGAGGAGGAUGGACACAGGACCCCCCCACCCCUGGGAGGGGCAGGAACGCUUUUGGGAGGCUGAAGCACUACCACCGGCGUGAUUACCAUCUCUCAGCCCUCUCCAGCUCCGUCUUCCCGGGGGCAUUUGCAGGCUGCAGUAGCCUGGUUUUCCAAAGAAGCCCUGAAAACCUGCCAAAGCUGCCCCCGCAGAGCUGGCACCCCGAGGCCUUGCCCCAGCUGGUGUUACAGCCUGGCACACUGCCCAUCACUGCCCUGCCCAGCCAGCUGCCCCGCAACGUCCUGCUGCCUGCUGUGUCCUGCCGUGCUGACCUUCCCAGAGACCCACUGCCCCUCUACUACAGAAGCUACGAGGAACACAAAGUCUUCAACAAGUUUGGGAGGCCAGUUUGA